GUUCGACAUGAAAAAAGAACACUGCUACACCUUCAUUGUAAAUGAGUGGAUUGACAUCACUGCCGCCAACAUUCCUGAAGUAUUUGUAGAGCCCCUGCAGUUGACAGCACUGACUACAUGGAGUAGCAAAUUCAUGAACCAUUUGAAAUAUGGAUUUUGUUACAACCAUCUUUGGAUAGCCAUGGUUUUGAGUCACCCAAGAGAUCCAGUCAGAAGAGCUAGUCGUCUUAUGAUAGGAAUUAUCUUCAUCCUUACCUCAGUGUCCGCCAGCCUCAUAUUAACAGUAUUCUCAGAAGGAGAAAAUCCUACACAGUCUGGUACUGUUCAAAAGACGAGGAGAAAAUCAAAGUGGAUGGGUUUUCAUGCAGAAACGCUCAAUAUGCAACUCUAAAAAAGAACGAUGAAAUCUUCUCUGGGGAACUGACCUAUCUCAGUUACAACAGCAGUAAUUUAAUUGGAGUCAAAAGCUGCUCAUUGCUACAGUAUAUUGCUCUACAAUUCAUGCAGCAACCCCUGAUCCCAGUCCAGUUACGAGGGGACAAGCCGGCAGUGAGCGUGAACAUCGGCUGGCGCUUUAGAUUCAUGUAAUACAUCAGCUGAAAAACUUCAGCAUAUCGUACAGUGAGAACAAUUAAUUGUGAUGGAAAGUAGUUAUACUUGGUUGUUCUUAUAAAACUAAGUGAAA